UCGGCACCAGCCUCGCAGAAGCUGACUUCCCAGGCUGUCGCAGACGCCAAGGCCCGAGAAGCUACCACCGCGUCGACAGUCACCACAUCGGUGGCUUCGCAAUCGGGAAUGCUUCAAGGCAAGCGUGUUCGUCGACAGAGAACACACUUCACCAGUCAACAGCUGCAUGAGCUGGAGACCACUUUUAUGCGCAACCGCUAUCCGGAUAUGAACCUGCGCGAGGAACUGGCUGCGUGGACCGAUCUCACAGAGGGCAGAGUCCGGGUAAGUGCUCGGUGA